AUCAGUCCCAAGAGGUCUAUUUCUGAUACAAUUCAACAUCAAGAUGAAGCUGCUUCUGGCCUUGUUCCUUUUAUCUUCUUACUUGUCUUCAGUGUUCAUGUUGCAUUGUUUGGACUGCACAAGUGAGUCGGGUCAGUGCAACACUGAACUUAAACAAGAGUGUACUGACAACCAAGUAUGUGCUACUUUGAAGUACAGGUUUUUUAUAUCAGGGGUUAAUAUAAGUAGUACAGAAGUGAAGCGCAGCUGCCAUUUAAGAAAUGAAUGUGAAAGGUGGAACACAUCAAAUGCAGGCAUCAUUUACUCAGGAAAUAUUGGAAUAGCCUCUGGCACAUUGUUCGUAUCCUGCUGUGACUCUGAUAAUUGCAACAACAUAGUCAUUCCUGAACUAGACAGCAAGCCUAACGGUCUACAAUGUAUGGGCUGUAACAACUUGGCAGACACAGUCUGUAAUACUACUGUGUCCUGUGUGGGAAAUGAAGAUCAAUGUAUUAAAAUCCAAAAUGAAUCACCUGUAUUUUGGACCCCAGCUGAAAAAAGUCACACCAUGGGAUGCAUCUCUAAAUCUAUUUGUGACAUGAAUACUAACAAACUGAAGUUGAAUCAAACCUUGUGUUGCUCUGAGAACUUUUGUAAUAAGUUGUGAAUUCUGUAUCAGGCUGGCUUUACUCUUUCUGAUGUAUUAUCUAAAAAUCAUCAAAAACAAUUAUACAUUAAUUUCCCACAAACUGUAUAUUGCACUCUUCAGAUUUUUUUCUUAAAAAGUUUAUAACAAUGGAAAUGAGGAUAAGGGCAAAAAACAGCCAUAGAAUAUUUGCUGAUAUAAUAAGUAAAAGUGUCUAACAGUAAAAUGCCUUUAGUGAUUUACUUAAUGUGGUCAAACUAUGAAUAAAAUGUCUUCAUUGUUGCAUAA